AUGAGGCCGGAGGGCUUUGAGCAGGGAAUGGCGAUGCUGAGAGCAAGAGCGCCAGCCGCCGCGCUCGGGGCCGAGCUGGGGAAGCCCUUCUGCCUUAGUCUCUCUGGGCGCAGCUCCCAGCAGGGUGUCACGGUGCAGCACGGGGCCCCGGUGUGCCGGGACAAGGGUGAAGACGGGGCGGCCGGGGAAGGGGCGCAGGGGGGCGCGCUCGGGGCGGGCGGCAGCGCUGAGUCCCGGCGGCGUCUCCACAGCAUCCGCAGCGUCAUGCAGAAGUACCUGGAGGACCGGGGGGAGGUGACCUUUGACAAGAUCUUUGCACAGAAGAUUGGGUACCUGCUGUUCCGCGACUUCGCCCUCAACCAGGCCGAGGAGGCCAAAGCCCUCAUGGAGUUUUAUGAGGAGAUCAAGAAGUAUGAGAAGCUGGACUCGGAGGAGGACCGAGCCGCCCGGAGCCGCCACAUCUUUGACCAUUACAUCAUGAAGGAGCUGCUGGCCUGUUCCCAUCCCUUCUCCAAGAGUGCCACGGAGCACGUCCAGAGCCUUCUGAGCAAGAAGCAGGUGCCCCCAGACCUCUUCCAGCCCUACAUUGAGGAGAUCUGCCAGAACCUGCGUGGGGGCAUCUUCCAGAAAUUCAUCGAGAGUGACAAGUUCACGCGGUUCUGCCAGUGGAAGAACGUGGAGCUGAACAUCCAUCUGACCAUGAAUGACUUCAGCGUUCACCGCAUCAUUGGCCGUGGCGGCUUCGGAGAGGUCUACGGCUGCCGGAAAGCAGAUACGGGCAAAAUGUACGCCAUGAAGUGCUUGGACAAGAAACGCAUCAAGAUGAAACAGGGCGAAACCCUGGCCCUGAACGAGCGAAUCAUGUUAUCCCUCGUCAGCACCGGGGACUGCCCGUUCAUCGUGUGCAUGUCGUACGCCUUCCACACGCCCGAUAAGCUCAGCUUCAUCCUCGACCUCAUGAAUGGGGGGGACCUGCACUAUCACCUGUCUCAGCACGGCGUCUUCUCAGAGGCGGAGAUGCGGUUCUAUGCGGCGGAGAUCAUCUUGGGCUUGGAGCACAUGCACAGCCGCUUCGUGGUCUAUCGUGAUCUCAAGCCAGCAAACAUCCUUCUGGAUGAAUUCGGGCACGUCCGUAUCUCAGACCUGGGCCUGGCCUGCGAUUUCUCCAAGAAGAAGCCCCAUGCCAGUGUGGGCACCCACGGCUACAUGGCUCCGGAGGUGCUGCAGAAAGGAGUGGCAUACGACAGCAGUGCCGACUGGUUCUCGCUGGGCUGCAUGCUCUUCAAACUGCUCCGGGGGCACAGCCCCUUCCGGCAGCACAAGACGAAGGACAAGCACGAGAUUGACCGGAUGACCCUCACCAUGGCCGGGGAGGCUCAAGAGGUGAAGGAGGAGCCAUUCUUCAAGGGCCUGGACUGGCAGAUGGUUUUCCUUCAGAAGUACCCACCACCCCUGAUCCCACCCCGCGGAGAGGUGAACGCGGCCGAUGCCUUUGACAUCGGCUCCUUCGAUGAGGAGGACACAAAGGGCAUCAAGCUGCUGGAGAGUGACCAGGAGCUCUACCGCAACUUCCCGCUCACCAUCUCGGAACGGUGGCAGCAGGAGGUGACCGAGACGGUCUUCGAAGCUGUCAACGCCGACACCGACAAGCUGGAGGCCCGCAAGAAAGCCAAGAACAAGCAGCUGGGCCAUGAGGAAGAUUACGCCAUGGGCAAGGACUGCAUCAUGCACGGCUACAUGGCCAAGCUGGGCAACCCCUUCCUCACGCAGUGGCAGCGUCGCUACUUCUAUCUCUUCCCCAACCGCCUCGAGUGGCGUGGGGAGGGCGAGUCGCCGCAGUCCCUGCUCACCAUGGAGGAGAUCGACUCUGUGGAGGAGACGCAGGUGAAGGAGCGCAAGUGCAUCCUGCUCCGCAUCCGCGGGGGGAAGCAGUUCGUGCUGCAGUGCGAUAGCGACCCCGAGCUGGUACAGUGGCGGAAGGAGCUGCGCGACGCCCAGCGCCAGGCCCAGCAGCUGCUGCCGCGGGGGCCCCGCACGAGCGGGCAUUGCCCCGGCCUGGCUGUGCCCGCCUUGUGGGUGCCGUGUCCUCUGCACGCGUGA